AUGUGGGUGCAGAUCAGCAAGAUGAGCAGUACCAAUCUGCAGACCUGGAAGUCUUUUCUUGCAGCCAUCGCCGGAGCGGCAACUCCAGAUGAGCAUGGAGAUUCCGACCUUCAGCUACAGCUUCUGAAUACGCUGACUGCUCAGUUUCCCGAUUCUGUCGAUGCAGCAUCCUACGACUACCUGAAAGAGGUGAACUGCAGUAUUGCAGCCUACGUCAUUUGCAACGCCACUCUCCGCCGCACAGGGCAGUCAUGGGUCAACUGCAGAGAUACCCUGAAUGGCAAGUCGGCGAAGAGCAAAAACACGUCGCCGCCCCAUGCGGCUGUGGAUGUGACAAUUCUGGCGCGGAACUUCUACCUCGCGAAGCAG